UUGAUUGAGAAAUCAAACGAAAAAGAUAGUAGUUUUGCAUUUGUCAUCGGCAAAGUACUGUCAAAGGUCAUCAUCAUACACACAGCAUUACACUUUAUUGAAGCGAAAAACAAAGGCCAACACGAAAUUAGGUGUACUUAGCGUUGGCAAACACACACAAAAAAGGAGAAAAGUCUUUAUUUUUCCCUUUUCUUGUAUAAUUUUCGAUUCGAAUUGUGUUUUUCUGGUGAAAUUCCGUACACGAGACGCCCCGAUCCACACGAAUAAAGCAAAAGUGCCAAGGUUUGACUGAGAAUCGAAACGAAAGCGAGAAGUGUGUUUUGUCGAUUUGCGAUUUGUUUUGAGUGAGAAAAAAAGAAUUUGAUUGUAAUACACGCACCGGUGGCAAGCAUUAACAAUGUCUCAACCAAUGGAGGAACAAACAUCACAAAAGGUAUUCGGCGGCUGCGAGGGCCCAGAUGCCAUGUACGUGAAACUCAUUUCAUCCGAUGGACAUGAAUUUAUUGUGAAACGGGAGCAUGCAUUGACAUCGGGCACAAUCAAAGCUAUGUUAUCUGGACCAGGUCAAUUCGCCGAGAAUGAAGCCAACGAAGUGAACUUUCGUGAGAUUCCAUCUCACGUGUUGCAAAAGGUGUGCAUGUAUUUCACAUACAAAGUUCGAUACACAAAUAGUUCGACGGAAAUACCUGAGUUCCCCAUUGCACCUGAAAUUGCCUUGGAACUGUUGAUGGCAGCCAAUUUCUUGGAUUGUUAAGUGCAGCCCACCCAUUCUUUUGGCGAUUUAUUAUUUAAAGAAACAAAUAAACAAAAAAAAAUUCACGAAAUUCUUUUUAAUUGUAAUAUUCAGACUUAAGAAAGGUGUUAGAUGUCAUUUUGUCCUAUUAAAUGAUGAUAACCAUGAUGAAGUCAAUAUUUUGCAACUUUUGUAAAAAAAAAACACUAACAUAUGAGAGAAACAAAUAAGAAUCAAAUGGAACAAGCAUUAAAAUUCUGAUUUAUUUAAAGGAAACCAAAAUCA